AUGAAUACAUCUUUAAGAGUGCGUAAUUCAAUAAGCGCCUGUUCUGCUCAAAUCGAUCAUCAUCAUCAUCAUCAUCAUCAUCAUGUUUCUCAAAAUCAACGCACUCGUUUCAAUCGUAUAGCUACAGAUUCAAGAUAUCGUCAGUCUUGUUAUUAUACUGAGAUGGAUGCUCCAAAAAAUAAUCUUGAUUUUCGUUUACGAACAUGUUACAAUCAUGCUGAAGAAAGCUUUGCAUCAAAGGCACGUUUUGUUGUUCAACCAGUGACUGUUUGUAACACGCAGAAGAAAGAGAAAUCGAAUUCUUCUCAGAACAGUCAAUAUCCAUUAGAAAUCAUUAAUAAAAAUCGUAAAGAACACUUUAAUGAAGCAACAAAAGGUCAACAUAUUGGUUCACAUCAUUUUGCUAAUAGUAAACAUGGUUACUCGCGUGUUAUUGCUGGUGCUAUGUCAACCGAUUAG